AUGAAGACUAUUAUUCGUUUUGCAUUGUUAGCGAUCGCCAUUCUAUCAGUAGGCGUGACUGGCCAAUCAAACUAUGAGGAAGGACGCUUUGCUCUGUCUGACUCAAGACCUCAAUCUUGUGAAUUGAUUAUUGACACCAGCCGAUUCUAUGGAACCUGCUGCUCCUUGAAUACAACUACGGCGAAUGGAUGUGUCCUCAACGUCAAGAACGGAUGGUGCAGAAUUACUGGACAGUUUUGGUCGUACACAUGGAACUCGACCGAUGAUCGUAUCACAUGUGAUGGUUCUGAAUUUGAAAUUGAAUACACCCCAGAUAGAACAACCGCCACAGGAGGAACAAAUACUGACUCUCCAGCAGCCAGUGUCCCUCUUGCUGGCUUGGUAGCUCUUUCGGCAGCAAUUUCCGCUUUCCUUCUCUAG